GGCCCAAAAUACAUCUGCUCCCCUUGACGUGACCGAGAGGCGAUAGGUUGCUGGACGCACCUCCUCUUCCCAGCAGCUGAAGCGCCGCCGCGCAGCGCUUGCCCUCCGGCCUCCGCGCCUCCGCGGCCCCAUCCUGCUAUCCUGCUGCACCUCCUCCGCCCGCGCCGGUCGCUGCUGCCCUGCUCCCUGCUCUCCCUCACGGCCCCGCCUCGUAGUGCCAAGCAGCCGCCGGACGGCCCGAGCUAGGGUUUCGGCCGGAAAUCCCUGCGGCCAGGACGCCGGUCAGUUCGCCGUCUUCGUCUCUCUCAUCUCAUUCAGUGAAUUGGAGCGACCGUCUCAACAUGUCUUGGGCUGCGAUCGAGAAUGACCCCGGUGUUUUUACAGACCUGUUGCAGCAGAUGCAACUGAAGGGUCUUCAAGUUGAUGAACUCUACUCACUUGACCUGGAUGCGCUCGGUGAUCUUCAGCCAAUAUAUGGGCUCAUAGUACUGUACAAAUGGCGACCUCCAGAAAAGGAUGAGCGUCCUGUCAUCAAGGAUGCAAUCCCAAACCUUUUCUUUGCCAACCAGAUAAUUAAUAACGCGUGUGCAACUCAAGCUAUCAUUUCUGUUCUCUUGAACUCACCUGGCAUCACCCUUAGUGACGAGCUUAAAAGGCUAAAGGAGUUUGCGAAGGACUUGCCACCCGAGCUCAAGGGAUUGGCCAUAGUCAAUUGCGCAAGCAUCCGUAUGUUAAACAACUCAUUUGCAAGGUCAGAGGUCCCGGAAGAGCAGAAACCAUCUAGCAAGGAUGAUGAUGUUUACCACUUCAUAAGCUAUGUUCCAGUGGAUGGUGUCCUGUAUGAGCUUGAUGGACUAAAGGAAGGGCCGAUAAGCCUGGGGAAAUUCCCAGGUGGCGUUGAUGAGGCGGGGUGGCUUAGGGUGGCGCAGCCUGUGAUUCAAGAGCACAUUGACCGGUUCUCUCAGAAUGAGAUAAGAUUCAGUGUGAUGGCAAUCUUAAAGAACCGGAAGGAAAUGUACACAGCAGAGCUCAAAGACCUCCAGAGGAAGAGGGAGAGCCUGUUGCAGCAGAUGAGUGAUCCUUCUGCCAGCAGGCAUGUGCCAUCUGUCGAGCAGUCUCUAGCAGAGGUAGCUGCUCAGAUUGAGGCUGUGACAGAGAAGAUCAUAAUGGAGGAAGAGAAGUUGAAGAAGUGGAAGACGGAGAACAUGAGGAGGAAGCACAACUACGUGCCAUUCUUGUUCAGUUUCCUCAAGAUUCUCGAGGAGAAGAAGCAAUUGAAGCCCCUGAUAGAGAAGGCAAAGGCGAAACAGAAAUCUCACAGUCACAGCACCAAUCCUAGGUGAAAAAGCUGCAAUGCAUCCUGUGUUUGUUUUAGUUGAGGUUUCUUGUAGAGAUUGACUGUGUGGCCCGUGUUUUGUUGGCCAGUGUUCACUCCUAUUUUUAGCUAGUGCACAAAUGUCUGCUCAAAUAUAUCCAGGCGAAUGAAUCUUGAAGAGGCGAGUGUGCCGUGGAGUUUAUCCAGUCAUACUGUAUGAGAACUAUACAUGGUUUCCCCUUUUUUUUUCUGGCAGACUAAUUGUUUUAUUAGCUGACAUCUGUUGAACCUCGUUUCCGUAUGCCCU